UUUUUGUAGUACGACCGACUCAAGCGACACCUGUAUUCGAACGUCCUGUCCUCCGCCACACGCAGCAAAGUGGUGCCUAUCACUAUUUCUACCAUUUCUACCGUGCACCUCGUACACCCGGUUGACGCGAGGCCGAUGCCGGUAGUGAGUAGGGGAGUGCGGGGUUGCUCGGGAGUAUUAGUUGGAUGGGUUAUUGACUGAUUGAACGGACGGACGUCUUUCCGUAUCUUCACUAGUUUCGUGCAUUUCAGAAGUUUCGUGCGGGCGUAGAUGCUGUGACACGUUGACCUUCAGGCUGCAAGAUGCUUCAUGUACUCCGCAAUACCUCAGUCUCAUGGGAUCAUGUGUGCGGAUCCAAGUUACCAAAGGGCUGGAAGAGACAGUUGAGUCGGACUUGUCGGCGUUAUACUGAAAACGUGCCCCCGCAGGAAGCUCCCAAAGGCAUACCCUACACGAAACUGAGUGUUGGUGUUCCAAAAGAGGUGUUCCAGAAUGAACAGAGAGUUGCACUCACUCCAGCAGCUGUUGCUCGUCUUACCAAGAAUGGUUUCACUGUUAAUGUCCAAGAAGAUGCUGGUGUCAAGGCAAAAUUCAAGAAUGCAGACUACGAGAAAAGCGGCGCGAAAGUCACGGACCUCACCAGCACCUUUAAAUCCGACAUAAUCCUCAAAGUGCGGGCACCCGUAGUGCCUGAAGUGGGGCAUUUGAGAAACAGUGGAACCCUUGUCAGCUUUCUGUAUCCUGCACAGAAUAAGGACUUAGUGGACCAGUUGGCAAAGAAGAACAUGACCGUGUUUGCAAUGGAUGCCAUCCCCCGAAUUAGUCGAGCGCAAGUCUUCGAUGCGUUAUCUUCCAUGGCCAACAUAGCAGGCUAUAAAGCAUGCAUCGAAGCCGCUAACCACUUUGGAAGGUUCUUCACGGGUCAGAUCACAGCCGCUGGAAAGGUUCCGCCCGCAAAAGUGCUGGUGAUAGGUGGUGGUGUCGCCGGUCUAGCUGCUGUAGGAUGCUGCAAAAACAUGGGAGCUAUUGUCCGAGCUUUUGACACCCGCGAAGCUGUCAGGGAACAAGUGGAGUCCUUCGGAGCAGAAUUUCUCACGAUCAACAUUGAGGAAUCUGGAGAAGGAGUAGGUGGAUAUGCCAAGGAAAUGUCAAAAGAAUUUAUUGAGGCAGAGAUGGCCCUAUUUGCUGAGCAGUGCAAGGAUAUUGACAUCCUGAUCACCACAGCGCUCAUUCCUGGGAAGAAAGCUCCGUUGCUCAUCACGAGGCAAAUGGUUGAGUCCAUGAAGCCAGGUUCUGUCAUUGUGGAUCUGGCAGCUGAAGCUGGGGGCAAUGUGGAAACAACAAAGCCUGGAGAAGCGUACGUCCACCAGGGUGUGAUCCACAUAGGGUACACGGACUUGCCUAGCAGGAUGCCCACACAAUCAUCGACGCUAUAUGCAAAUAACAUAUCAAAGUUUCUUCUCUCAAUUGGCUCUAAAGGACAUUUUAACAUUGAUCUGCACGACGAAGUUGUACGGGGAUCCAUUGUGCUCCACGAUGGGAAGUUGCUGUGGCCCCCACCGCCCCUCAAGGCAGCCCCUGCUCCGCCGCCAACGGCAGCCACUCCCGUGGCACCAAAGGCAGCUGCUCAGAAAGCGGAAGAACCAACGGACUACUUCAAGCGGACCUUUAAGGACGCAUUACUCUAUACAGGGGGGCUGACUGGAAUUGUCGGACUGGGUGCCAUAUCUCCCAAUCCUGCCUUCACAACCAUGACAACCAUAUUUGGUCUGUCCGGCAUUGUUGGCUACCACACAGUAUGGGGAGUGACCCCAGCACUACACUCCCCACUUAUGUCUGUGACAAACGCCAUCUCUGGGAUCACAGCAGUGGGGGGCCUUCUAAUGAUGGGGGGUGGCCUCUUCCCCUCCUCUUUGCCUCAGACCCUGGCUGCCUCAGCUGCUUUCAUCUCUUCCAUCAACAUCUUUGGUGGAUUCUUGGUAACGCAGCGCAUGUUGGACAUGUUUCGCAGGCCAGGGGAUCCCAAGGAACACAACUAUCUCUAUGCAUUGCCAGGUGCAGCCUUCUUGGGAGCCUAUGGAACAGCAAUUUCAAGUGGUUGUACAGAGCUUGAACAGAUGGCCUACCUUGGGGCCUCCCUCUGUUGUGUCGGAGCCCUGGCUGGUCUCUCCUCACAGAAGACAAGCCGCCUCGGAAAUGCCUUGGGCAUGAUUGGAGUGUCUGGAGGUAUUGCUGCCACACUUGGCAGCAUGAACAUGUCACCUGAACUUGCCAUGCAAGUAGCAGCCUGCAUGGGUGGAGGUGCAGCUAUUGGCACUGUUAUUGCAAAGAAAAUUCAAAUUACGGAUCUUCCCCAACUAGUUGCUGCGUUCCACAGCUUGGUUGGUUUGGCAGCUGUGCUUACAUGCUUUUCAACAUACAUGGUUGACUACCCAACCUUCGCCUCUGAUGAGGCGGCGAACGCCAUCAAAGCAGCUCUAUUCUUAGGAACAUACAUCGGAGGAGUGACCUUUAGUGGAUCGUUGGUUGCUUAUGGAAAGCUUCAAGGACUUCUGAAUUCUUCCCCUCUCCUUUUGCCUGGGAGGCAUGUCUUAAACAGUGGCCUCCUGGCUGCUAAUGUUGGAGCUAUGGCCUACUAUUUCAUGGAUGACAGCAUGACUGUUGGCUUGAGCUGUCUUGGAACAACAGCAGCCCUCUCAACCCUCAUGGGAUUCACUCUCACGUCAGCAAUUGGAGGAGCUGACAUGCCUGUAGUCAUCACAGUGCUGAACAGCUAUUCUGGCUGGGCUUUGUGUGCUGAGGGUUUCAUGCUCAAUAAUAACCUGAUGACCAUUGUUGGUGCUCUGAUUGGAUCAUCCGGUGCUAUUCUGUCAUAUAUUAUGUGCAAGGCAAUGAACAGGUCACUCCCUAAUGUCAUUUUGGGUGGCUAUGGUACGUCAAGUACUGGAACUGGGAAGCCCAUGGCAAUCACAGGAACGCACACCGAAUGCAAUGUGUCUGAUGCUGUUUCCAUGAUUAAAGAAGCUAAGAACAUCAUCAUUACUCCUGGCUAUGGAUUGUGUGUUGCCAAGGCGCAGUAUCCACUGGCAGAGAUGAUCAAACUUCUUCAGUCUAAGGGCAAAAAUGUGCGAUUUGGCAUCCAUCCAGUUGCAGGGCGUAUGCCUGGUCAACUCAAUGUUCUUCUUGCUGAGGCUGGAGUCCCAUAUGACAUAGUCUUGGAAAUGGAUGAGAUCAAUGAGGACUUCCCAAAGACAGACCUAGUUCUUGUCAUUGGUGCCAAUGACACAGUGAAUUCAGCAGCCGAAGAGGAUCCAAACUCCAUCAUUGCUGGCAUGCCAGUGCUUCGGGUUUGGAAUGCAAAGAAGGUCAUUGUUAUGAAGAGAAGUCUUGGAGUCGGUUAUGCAGCAGUCGAUAACCCAGUGUUCUACAAGUCAAACACAAACAUGUUGCUGGGAGAUGCCAAGAAAACUUGUGAUGCCCUCUUACAGAAAGUUCAGGAGUCAUAUGGGGCGUGAUUUAUUUGUUGAACUUGCUCAAGCCACAAGCUUUGAACGCUAUUUGUUUUUAAGGUUUUCUUCUGUUUCCCUUUUAACAUUUUGCACCAUGUCACUAGCAGAAACAGCAGUUUUUAUCACUUACGCUGUAUCUGAUAUUCAGAGGCAUGUUACCACGUUGUGCAUCACAAACAGAAUCAUGUUUUCUUGAAUGCGAGUCCUCAAAUGUUUGUGUGGUGUUACAUGUGAGUGUGCAGAUGCUUCAGGGUUUGGCUCAAGUUUUUCAACACUACGUUCACAUUUAUCGGCUUGGGUUUGUUGAUGUGAAUGCUCACUGUUGCAUUAUGUCUCUUGCUUGAAAACAUUGGUACUGAAUAUAGUAUCUGUUUUGCUAAUGCUUUGAUCUACCAGGGCCAUGGAUUAUGAAUUGCAAAAUUUGAUGCUGAAGUUGUUGUCAACUCAGAUCAUUUUCUAUCACAUAGUGAUUUUCUUGCAAAGUUCACAAAAGUGUCCUGAUUCUACACAGUCAUGAGACAAAAGCACAUUGAUUGUUAUGUCAGAUCCCAUGUGCUAAGUAGUCACAUUAGUGCCAAGUGUGUAAUCUUCAAAGUACAAAUGGAGGGAACAAGAGCAAUACUAUCUGCUCAAGUAGCAGAAUUGAAGCAUAGCUCUAUUGCGCACAUGUUCGCAUUUUGAACAUGUAUGCAGUGACUCAAUAAGCGAGGUAAGCGUCUUUGGACUGGUAAGAUUUCUUUUUGUUUCAGGGUGUUCUGGAGCACAUGGCUGAUGCAUACUAGUUCUAAACAUUGAUGUAUGCUCUUGUACAUGUUAGUAAAGUUGGAGUUGUGGGCACACCUAGCCAUGUACUCUCUCUUUGUUCUCCUGUUUAGGUUCUUUUCCUAUGGUCUCCUUUAUUGCUUAUUUCCCCAUGGAAGUCUCGAGAGCUUGAGUAUUUUGGUUGAAAUGCCCGUACUAUUUUUGAGAAAAUAAAAGUAAUGGGAGAAUGGAAGUAUAUUUCA